CGCCGCCAAAGCCUUGAGCAUCAUUGAAUUGUGCACAACCAUCAUGGAUACACCCUUCACGUACUGGAUCAACGGCGGCAUGAAGAGCCGUGACCGUAGCGCCCGGGAAGAGCUGGAAUUGCUGCAAGGCGCCGCGUUCAACGCCCAAAACCGCAACGUCGAAGAAGCGUCGUUCCGUCGCGUCGCCAACCACCACCAGCAAGCCAAGUACACGGCCCCGGAAGGUUUUCCGGACGUGCCUCGUCAAUACGUGAAGCCUUCGCACUCGACCGAGCGAGACUUCGCCACAUACGCGGCCAACUCGUACACGUCGGCGAUCGCGAUCACGGAACUGCUGGGCAAGCGCGAGAUCUAAGCGGCAGCGGUGGGGUUGUUGAGGAGUAGAUACUUGGAUAUGUACUUACACAACAACAAGCGCGCGUUUCUCAUUGUUUCUGCCAUGUUCCCACGGGUCGGAUGUAAUAAUUCAGUUUUGUUUUACGGUCAAUAAAUCAAAAGGCCAAGCAGUUCACCC